GACAACGUCAUCGCUUCCUCUAUUUAAGGUACACGCGCACAUCAUAGCAUCAAAGCCUCGCGUGUGACCCGGGAGUAUGUGACAGUCACAGAGAGAGAGAGCAUCAAAGCGGAGGCACACCAACAUGAUUGCUGGUAUCGUUGUGCUGUGUGCUGUCAGGCUGCUCUGCUCUGAUGGUGUCGCAGCGCAGAAUCAGGCCUGCGUGCCAAAUCAUGAGGUGGAGUGUUUUGUACCGGCGGACCAUCUGAGUGCGUCUGGGUCAGUCAGCGUUGAGGUGUGUGUCGGUAAGAAACUCAUCAUCUCCCUGCAGCACUUCUCCGAACAGCCUGUUUGCAGCUGGAUCCGAGGAGCAGACACAGUAAUCACAGUAAAUGGGAGUGAGUCCUUGGUCCUACCCAAGCUUUCUGAGGACGAUUCAGGGGAGUACACGCUGAGAUGUGAAACCAGCGACGGGGCCAGUUCCUCAAUGAAUGUGUCUCUGAAAGUAGCCAUGAAUCGUCCCUCAAAACCAAAGCUGACAAUUGACAAAGAGCAAGUCCGAUUCAUAUCCCCUUCUUUGACAUGCAUCUCUGAGGACUGCCCUAAGCCCACUCUGAAAUGGACUGGAAACCCAGAUGUGACAGUUGUUUCUACAAACAGUGGACGUACACAAAUCGUUAUAUCCACCAGUGAAUAUUCUGACACAGGAGUGAUGUGCUGUGCCACUAACGCUAGAGGACAAGAAUGCUCCCAACUGUAUGACUAUGACCUGGACAGUGAAUUCAUGAAAGAUGAUGAAGUUUCUAAUUUGACUGUGAGCCCUGGUGAGCCUUUACUCCUUCGCUGUCGAGCGACACACCCGCAUAAGAGGAUUGAACUUGGGUGGGAAAAGGGCAGAAAAAAAUUGGACAUUCGGACAAAUGGAUGCUCGUCUACAGUCAAGAGAGAGAUCUGCAUUAAAUCUGACAUGCAUCAAGGAAGUUGUAUGCGCUACCUGUUUAUCGAAUCAGCGAGCAGUGACCACAGUGGCACUUAUACCUGCAGCAGACCAAACAACAACAAAACAAAGUCUGUCAACAUUCAGGUCCAAGCUGAGGGUUUCCUCUCCGUCCAACUGAAUAAAAGCAAGAUCCUCCCCCCUCACAACGCCUCCACAUCCUGUCUGCAGGCCAGUGUUUCCUACCACCCUGUGCUGGAGAAGUGCUACUGGGAGACUCCUGAUAAAACAGAGAUUGAAUGUGAAAAAAAGACUUGGGUUACAAAACACAGGACUGUGAAGCUAUGUGUCACACUCAAAUCCGGAGAUUAUAAAUUACACGUGGAAGCUGGAGGACUAAAAGAAACAAAAACCAUAUCAGUGUGUGUUGCAGACCCACCAAAGUUCAGAUUCGAGGACAUCAAUAACACCUUAACUUUUGAGACUGUGGCUCUUGUGCCGGCAAAUUAUACCUGGAAGUCCUGUGUUUUGUCGAAUGACAGCAGCUGUGAAACUGCGUCUAACUGGAAUGAUAUCCCAGGAGCGUCUCACACAGACUCUGACGUCUCCUGUCAGAAGACCAUGAGGAGCUCUCUGAGCAGAAGUCUAGUGACAGGAAACAAUUUAUGGUUCUGCCUGACAAACUCACUCGGCUCCUGGUGCCAAAAGUGCUACAUAAUAGACAAUGGAGGACCCCAUACAGGAAUGUCCUUCGGAGCUGCUCCAAAUCAUGACAACAAAAGCUUGAUGCUGCUGAAAGUUGGCAGUUUGUUUCUGGUCAUGGCUUUGGCAGUAGUUAGCGUGGUGCUCAUUUACUUUGUCAAAAAGAAGAAACCUCAGUACCAGCCUCAGCUUCAGAUGAUCCAGAUGGUUGGACCCAAUGACAAUGAUUACAUCUACAUUAACUUCAAGGACUUUGGUUACGACAAGCAAUGGGAGUUCCCCCGGGAGAACCUGGAACUGGGUCCAGAACUGGGCUCUGGGGCUUUUGGCACGGUGGUCCAAGCUACGGCUUACGGCAUCAACCAGGCUGGAGUCUCGCAGCAGGUGGCCGUCAAGAUGCUUAAAGAGAAACACCAGACUGUGGAGAAAGAGGCCCUGAUGUCCGAGCUGAAGAUGCUGACUCACAUCGGUCACCACGCAAACAUUGUUAACCUGUUGGGGGCAUGCACAGACUCAGGACCCACGUACCUGAUUUUCCAGUACUGCUGUUAUGGAGAUCUUCUGAACUACCUUAAGACGAACAGAGAGCUCUACCACAAGUCUGUCACCGACGCUUUCACCAAGGACCGAUUCAGCAGCAUUUACCACAACCUGCAGCCCAACAAAAGCUCUAGGUGCGGAAACACGGGUGAGGGAGACAAAACAGUGGAUAAUUACGUGCCCAUGCACCGCUCUACCACCGGAGGGCAGGAGGACAUCGCCCUGCUCCCCAUCAACCUCAACGACAGCAUUGAAGAACCUUUGAUUUACGAAGACCCGGACGAUCUGACGGACGACGCGCAGACCCUGACCUUCGACGACCUGCUCAGCUUCGCCUUCCAGGUGGCCAAAGGCAUGGAGUUCCUCUCCUCCAAGAAUUGCAUCCAUCGAGACCUGGCAGCUCGUAACGUGUUGGUGACGAAGGGCAGAAUGGCGAAGAUCGGCGACUUCGGACUGGCUCGGGACAUCGACAACGACUCCAACUACGUCGUGAGAGGAAAUGUGCGUUUGCCAGUGAAGUGGAUGGCACCAGAGAGCACCUUCCAGGGCAUCUACACCAUGAAGAGUGACGUCUGGGCCUAUGGCAUUCUGCUCUGGGAGAUCUUCUCACUUGGCGUUACUCCGUACCCGGGCAUGAAGGUGGACCACACGUUCUAUUCAAUGAUCGAGAGAGGAUUUAAGAUGGAGUGUCCUUACUAUGCCAACGAGUCUGUGUACGGGAUGAUGUGUAAGUGUUGGGCUCUGGAUCCCUGCGACCGUCCAUCUUUCUCCAAACUGGUGUCCUUCAUGUGUGAUCAGCUGACAGACAGAGAGGAGCAGCUGUACCAUAACAUGCCCGACCAGGAAUCCAGCAUCUACCAGAACGCAGCCCCCAUUUUGGACAUUUCCGCCUUGACACAACAAAACGAGAACAAGGCGGCCAACGAUUACUGUCGAACCCACGCGACUGAAGAGAGCAAAGCAGAAGCGUCUGAAACUGUGGCCGCUGAGGAGAAGCUGAAGACAUCUGAUGCAGAGUGAUAACCUUUCACCGAAUGCAUUUUGACCAAACAUGCCUUAAAUAUUCAUUUUUUAUAUGUUUCUCAUAGUAUCUCAAGAUAACCGUAGAAUGCACUUGCUUUAUGUCCUUUUGUAAUAUUGUCAGAAAACAAGAUUUUAUAAAAUGUGGCCUGAAUAUAGAAAAAAGUGUUUUUGUUUUAUAUUUUUCAAUUGUGCAGCUAAAAAACAGUUUCAUCGAUACAAAUUCUCAGGACUAUAGACAUGUUGAAGUACGUCUGCAUACUGUAGCAACUGUUUGGUUUUACAUGUUAUCAGUAUAACAUGUAUUUGUAUGCACUGGUAAAAGUGUUGUUGUAUUUUUUUAUACUAGGUGAGCAGCUAUUACUUAAGCCAGUUUAUGUGCACUUAUAUAUUGUUAUCAAAACAAGCUUUUUCUACUGUGAAAAGUGGAUUUAUUAUGUGCCUUUGGUUUUGUAAGCAUUAUACCUGCAAUAAAAUGCACAUUUAACAAUAAAAGGUUAACAACAA